AUGCCAUUGUUUGUUAUUCCACAAAGUAGUACAUCUUACAAUGAAGAAUAUGGAUUAAUGCAUCAAACUGCAUGUGUGCUUUGUGCAUUAAAGAAUAAACUUGCCAAUCUAAAAAAAUGGUAUGAAGAUUUUCAGCAUAAGAUACCUAAGAUUACUGCAACAAGCUCAUCACAACUUCAUUUUCCAUAUAUCAACUUCAUAACCAUUAAAGGUGAAACUUUUGAACUAACAUAUAACCAAGAACUGCCAAGUCAUCAUCUUGUAUUUGAGGCAACUGCUCAAAAUAUUGCAUCAUCAAGAGAUAUCAAGGUUACUAUCAAAUUUACCAAAAAAGACUCAAGGGAAUCUUGCAAUUUAUCUGAAAAAAUUGAAAAUGCACCUAAAUUGGAGAAUCAUUUUGACUGGUACAUGACAAUUAAAGAUUUUUCAGAAGCAUGUUUUGAGCAUAAUAUUAAAGUGCAAGCAUAA